AUGGCGGAAAUUACGAAGAUCGAUAAGCUAAAUGGCAAGAAUUAUCCGUCUUGGAAAUACAAUGUCAAGCUAGUUCUUAUGGAACGUGGCCUUUGGGGCUUUACACAAGAAGGCAAAGAAAUACCUCCUGACGAAAAUGCGACAAAUGCUGUAAAGAAUGCUUUCCAGUUGCGAUCAGAUAAAGCCUACUCUUUAAUUGCCUUAAACGUCGAGGAACACUUGCAAAUACACAUUUCGAGUACGACAGAUCCUUUAGUAGCAUGGACGAACUUGCAAAAAAAAUUCGAGUUUGUAUCUGUUACCCAGGUCGUGCGUUUGAAUCGUAAAUUCUAUGCAGCCACCAUGGAAGAAGGUGGAGAUCUUAUGAAACACCUGACCUAUAUGACAUCACUGGCAGAACAAAUCGCCAGGAACUGUCCACUCAACAAUAGAAAAGGUGGAAACAAAGGGGAACAUUCGAAGCUUGCGGAAGGUGGUGGAGUAGCACUGAUUUCAAGUACAGGAAAUUCAAAUGAAUGGUAUGUGGAUUCAGCUGCGACAAAGCAUAUGACAAAUCGCAAGGACCUUAUCAUCAACCCAUUUGAACUACACCCAAUACCAAACACCGGUGAAUAUUUAUUUGGGUGA